AUGCUGUUUGGUCAACUGGUCUGCUACGGAUGCCAGCGCAUCCUCACUUACCCUCUCGGCGCCAUCAGCUGCCGCUGCCGAUUGUGCAGUAGGGUCAACGCGGCACAAAACUUGCAGAUUAGAUGCGGCACAUGUGGACAAGAGCUCCACGCACCGAUCAACACGCUAGCACUCCUGUGCCCGUGCUGUGGCACCGUAACUGACAUCCCAGAGGAGCUACUGCCACCGCUGCCGAGCUGCGUCGACCUUGGCGGUGGCGAAGGAACGGAAAAGGUCAUCUAUGUCUCACAUCCGACUCUGCCGCCUCGGCCGCGCCCCAACGGCGAGGCCAACAUGAACGCCACUAGCUUCGUCGGUUCACGGAGACUGUCGACGCAGCUCCGGGGUGAAGGACGACGGCGCUCGGCUUCGUUCGCGCGGCGCCGCUUUUCGUCCGAGGAGGGUGAGGGCACGGCAGCACAGGGGAACCAGGAGGAGACCGUCGUCGACGUUGACGCCGAUGGCGCGCGCGAGGCUGGAAGAGCGCACAAUGCGGAUGGAAAGUGCAGAGAUAUCAUCGGUCCCAUGGCGCCGGAUCAAGCUUAUGUAUCAUCGGCGGUCACCGAGCCGUCGAGGGGGGCGCAGCGGGUGGCUCCGAGCCGCCUGGCGCCAACGGUUAUGAUUGCGACACGCAUUCUGUGA